GAGAGAGCCGCGCGCUGAUUGGCUGUGGCGCCGCCGGUGUUUCCGGCCAUGCUGCGCAGGGCGCGAUUGCAUCAUGGCGGGACCGAGAUAAGAAGGCCAGUCUAAGUCUCAGACUGCUGUUGUACAAUCUUCAAACUUUCACAUCUUUCCUAAUGAAUGUUGUUAUCCUCUAGAAAAGUGAGUGUACUUAAUAAAAACUUGCUUAAGGAAUGGUUCAACAAGUUCCAGAAAACAUAAAUUUUCCAAAUGAGGAAGAGAAGAUACUGACGCUCUGGAAAAAUCUUAAUUGUUUCAAAGAAUGCCUGAAGCAAUCAAAGAACAGACCUAGGUUUAACUUCUAUGAUGGCCCCCCGUUUGCCACUGGGCUCCCCCACUAUGGCCAUAUUCUUGCAGGAACCAUCAAAGACAUAGUAACCAGAUUUGCUCAUCAGAGUGGUUUUCAUGUUGACAGAAGGUUUGGCUGGGAUUGCCACGGCUUACCUGUGGAAUAUGAGAUUGACAAGACUUUAGGCAUUAAAGGGCCAGAGGAUGUGGCAAAGAUGGGGAUUGAAGCUUACAACAAAGAGUGCAGAGGGAUUGUGAUGAGAUACGCCAAGGAGUGGGAGUUCAGUGUUACCAGAUUAGGACGCUGGAUUGACUUUGAAAAUGACUAUAAAACUCUUUACCCCGAGUUCAUGGAGUCUGUGUGGUGGGUUUUCAAGCAGCUCUAUGACAAAGGGCUGGUGUAUAGAGGAGUUAAGGUCAUGCCUUUUUCAACUGCGUGCAACACCCCCCUGUCCAACUUUGAGUCCCAUCAGAACUACAAGGAUGUUCAGGAUCCUUCAGUGACUGUGAGCUUCCCACUGGAAGAAGAUCCCAGUGUGUCUCUUGUCGCCUGGACCACGACUCCCUGGACCUUGCCCAGCAAUCUGGCCCUUUGUGUUAACCCAGAAUUGCAGUAUGUAAAACUGAGAGAUAAGGCCACAGAGAAGAUUUACAUUUUGAUGGAGUCCAGGCUGGUGGCACUGUACAAAUCUGACAGUGAAUAUGAAAUACUUGACAGGUUUCCUGGCAUUGCUCUUAAAGGCAAGAAAUACAAACCACUCUUUGAAUAUUUUAUUCAGUGCAAAGAAAAAGGUGCCUUUACUGUGGUAGUGGAUGGUUAUGUGAAGGAGGAGGAAGGCACAGGAGUUGUCCAUCAGGCUCCCUACUUUGGUGCUGAUGAUUACAGGGUCUGCAUGGAUUUUAAUAUCAUUCAGAAGGACUCUGUGCCUGUGUGUCCUGUUGAUGCAUCAGGCUGCUUCACAGCAGAAGUGGCUGACUUUGCUGGGCAGUAUGUGAAGGAUGCAGAUAAGCACAUCAUCAGAUGCCUGAAGGAGAAGGGCCGGCUGAUCCACAGUGCAACCUUCCAGCACAGCUACCCCUUCUGCUGGAGGUCAGAUACUCCGCUGAUCUACAAAGCUGUGCCGAGCUGGUUUGUCAGGGUGGAGCACAUGGUGGAGAAGCUGCUGGAAAAUAAUGCCCAGUGCUACUGGGUUCCAGAUUUUGUGAGGGAGAAGCGCUUUGGGAACUGGCUGAAGGAUGCCCGGGACUGGGCCAUCUCUCGGAACCGCUACUGGGGGACCCCCAUCCCUCUGUGGGUCAGCGAGGAUUUGGAAGAGGUGGUUUGUGUUGGUUCAGUGGCAGAACUGGAAGAGCUGUGUGGAGUGAAAGUCACAGAUCUCCAUCGAGAAAGCGUUGACCAGCUGAGCAUCCCGUCGCGCUGUGGGAAGGGCUCCCUGCGCCGCGUGCCCGAGGUGUUUGACUGCUGGUUUGAGAGUGGCAGCAUGCCCUAUGCCCAGGUGCACUACCCCUUUGAGAACAAGAGGGAGCUCGAGGAUGCUUUCCCUGCUGACUUCAUCGCUGAGGGCAUCGACCAGACACGAGGAUGGUUCUACACUUUGCUGGUGCUGUCCACUGCUCUUUUUGGGAGGCCUGCUUUCAAGAAUGUCAUUGUGAAUGGCCUCGUCCUUGCCAGUGAUGGCCAAAAAAUGAGCAAAAGGAAGAAGAAUUACCCUGAUCCGACGCACAUUAUAAACAGUUACGGAGCUGAUGCACUCAGGUUGUACCUGAUCAAUUCUCCCGUGGUAAGAGCAGAAAACCUGAGGUUUAAGGAGGAGGGAGUGAGGGAUAUCCUGAAGGAUGUGUUCCUGCCCUGGUACAAUGCCUAUCGCUUCCUGGUGCAGAAUGUGCAGAUCCUGCAGCACAAGGAUGAAGGAAGAGAAUUCCUUUACAAUGAGAACACAGUUAAGGAGAGCAAUAACAUAAUGGAUAAAUGGAUUCUUUCUUUCACCCAAUCCCUCAUCCAGUUCUUCAAAGCUGAAAUGGCAGCUUACAGGCUGUACAUGGUGGUGCCUCGGCUGGUGAAGUUUGUGGAUGUUCUGACCAACUGGUACAUCAGAAUGAACCGCAGGAGGCUCAAGGGUGAGAAUGGGACUGAGGACUGCAUUAUGGCCUUGGAAACUUUGUUUAGUGUCUUGUUCUCCAUGUGCAGACUCAUGGCACCAUAUACUCCAUUUAUCACUGAGCUGAUGUACCAGAAUCUGAAAACACUCAUUGAUCCGGCUUCGGUCCAGGAAAAGAACACUGAGAGCAUCCACUACCUCAUGCUCCCCCAAGUCAGGGAGGAUCUCAUCGACAAAAAAAUCGAAAGUGCCGUUUCUUGUUUGCAGUCUGUGAUUGAGCUGGGACGAGUGAUCAGAGACAGAAAAACCAUCCCAGUCAAGUAUCCUUUGAAAGAAGUAGUAAUUAUCCACCAGGAUCCAGAGGCUCUGGAAAGCAUCAGGUCUUUAGAGAAGUACGUGCUCGAGGAGCUGAACGUGCGGGCGGUGACACUGUCUGCGGACAAGGGCAAGUACGGCGUGCGGCUGCGGGCCGAGCCCGAGCACACCGUGCUGGGCCGCCGCCUCAAGGGGGCCUUCAAGCCCGUCAUGGCUGCCAUCAAAGAGCUGAGCAGCGAGCAGCUGGAGAGAUUCCAGGAGACAGGCACCAUUGUUGUGGAAGGACACGAACUCCAUGGGGAAGAUCUCCGCCUCAUGUAUCAGAUGACAGAGGGAUCUGCCCAGUUUGAGGCACACUCCGAUGCUCAGGUUUUGGUCCUGCUGGAUGUGACCCCAGACCAGUCCAUGGUGGAUGAGGGAGUUGCCCGGGAAGUGAUCAAUCGCAUCCAGAAGCUGCGCAAGAAGAGGAACCUGGUCCCCACAGAUGAGAUCACUGUGUACUACAGGGCCCUGCCCGAGGGGGAGUACCUGGACACCAUCAUCCAGGAACACGCCGAGUUUAUUUUUGCCACAAUAAAGGCAGACCUGAAGCCUUACCCGGUGCCUACCUCAAAGGAAAUUCUCAUCCAGGAAACAACCCAACUGAAGGGAUCAGAGCUGGAAAUCACACUGGUCAGAGGGGGGGUGUGUCAGUCUGUUGGCCCAGCCUGUGCCUACGUCAACCUCAAAGUUUGUGUCAAUGGGACAGAGCAAGAUGGUGUGUUGCUGCUGGAAAAUCCAAAAGGAGAUAAUACCUUGAACUUCACUGGACUUGUAGAUGCUGUCUCCUGCAUUUUUGGUCUUAAAAAUUCCAAACUGACAGUUUUUAAUGGAAACACAGAGCUGAUAAACCAGACUGACCUGCUGGGCCUCAGUGGGAAGACUCUGCACGUGACAGCAGGGUCAGCCCCUGCCCUGCCCAGCUCCCCCAGUGCCCUGCUCUGCCAGUACAUCAACUUGCAGCUGAUCAAUGCAAAGCCACAAGAAUGCCAGAAAGGAACAGUGGGAACUCUCCUAAUGGAAAACCCCGUUGGUCAGAAUGGAUUAACCUACAAAGGUCUCCUGCAUGAGACAGCAAAAGUUUUUGGGCUCAGAAGCAGGCGGCUAAAGUUGUUCCUGGAUGAAGCACUAACUCAUGGUAAGCACAAACCUUUGGUUUGCUCAUCUGAGGAUCCUUGGAAUUUGUUGUUGAGGAGCAGCUCAUGUAACCUGAGAUCCAGUUUAAUUACUAAAUCCACACUAUUCACACAGUGGUUUGUAAUUUUGCCCAGUAAUUCAAUAUUAGCAUAAUAAAAUCCUUUAAGCAAACAUACAGAUUUAGAAGUUCAAAGCUGUAAUGCAUUCCCUUCAUGAAAUGGCCAAGCCAAGUUGUGUAAAAGCUUUUUCCUUCUGCAGUAAAGGUCAGUCAGCAGUGAGAGUGGCAGUGCCCUGCUGAGUGACCAAGCAGUGAAUCUCCUCCUGGAAGUGAGUCUACAGUAGGAAUAUUUUAAGAAUCUGUUCGAACUUGUAACAUUCAUAUUGUUGCAUUAUCUUGGACAGUUGGAGUGGGUGGAAAAGAGUGUUGGAUCUCUGUUAGAGCAGUGUGGGUAGGUUGGAGUCAGUAGGGCACAGCCAUCGGGAUAUCUGGGAAGCAGGAAGCUUCAGCACACACUCACAGGUCUGAAAUGCUAAAGAAUCCCCCAAAACCACAGACAGGUGGGAAACAAAGAUCUCUGAUUCAUGGGGAAUGUGUGACUAAACUGUAGCCACUUGUGAUGAUGAAAAAUUUGACCAGAGUGAUUUGGGACUUCAUUUGACAGAGAGAAUGGAUUGGAAACUACAUGGUAAAAACCCCAAGAACUCAAAACAGUGAUUCCUGUAUUCAGGAGAAUUCAGCUCUUGGAAUGAAAUGAUGCCAGGGGUUCUGUCUGCAGUGUCACAGUGAUGUGGUUUACAAGCUGUUUGGGAGGGAUCCAUGCCAUUUAUGGGCUUAUCACGCGUUAUCUAUCCAGAAGUUGGACAUCCUGCUCAAACUGGCCAUCUUAGGGUGGGCUGAGCUUCCUCAGGAGGUGCUGUCAGUGGGGAGGCAGCUCUAGUCCAGCUGCUGAGAACUGGGGUCACUCAGCUGUCCACGAGGAUUCAGGUGGGAUAGACUCGAAUCAGAGCAAGGGGGGGGGGGGGGGGGGGGUGUGGUUUGUUGUGGAUUUUUGGCUGUUUGGGAUUUUUUUUUUUUUUUUUAAUUUUUACUUCAUAUGACCUGGAACAUGUUUAUCCAAAAGCCAUUUUUGUAGCUCAAAUGGAUCUCAGAUGUUGAUGAAACUUUCUAGUGGUAGUGUGAGCGAAUGCCAAAAAUAAUGUGCUGAGUGGUGUUAACAGAGAACUGGAGCCUGGAGUGUUUCAGCACACGGGGUGUGCUGAAGAAGAUGAACCACACUUGGUCUGCAUAAACCCAGAGGUAUUUGUGUGCAGCCUUGCUGCCUGGGGAUUCAGGGAUUCAGGCACUCAGGAACAAGGGAUGUUAGGCACAGCUCCUCUUUGGUUCCUGUCACUGUUACAGCACGGCAUGAUUCUGUUCAGACACUGAAAAAACCACUGUAGGGAACAGCAGAGCUUUGAAAGAGGCAAGGAGCUGACAGGACAGGAAAAUGUACAGGCAAAACAGCCUUUAAGGCUCAGUUGAAGUGAGGAUUUUUAGAAUGCCUUCACCUGAAAGGGAAGGGUUAAAUCACUGUAACAUUUGUAGUAUGGAUUCUCCAGAGCUGUUUAAACUUUCAUUAAGGUGUGUAAAGUGACAGUUCACAGUGAUGUGAAAGAUGAGAUUUGAUAACGCUUCCAAGGCCAAAACAACUGAUUUGGUCUCUUUUAGAUUCAGAACACAGAGAGCUUGGUCCCAGAGGUUUAUUUGUGCAGCUAAUGCCUUGUAGCCACACUUCUGCUAUCUCAGAUUUAAUUAUUAGCAUUCACCUCCCUGAAUAACACUUUUAAAGUUUAAACACCGAUGUCAUUGUACUUUAUCUUCACAUCUCUUUGUAUGAUAAAUAAGUGCUGCAUACAAAACACUUUGAUGCCUCUAGAAAACAUUAGGUCAGUUAAUGUUUAUCUAUAUUGUUGCAGCUUUGUAAUCCCCCAUUUAAGUCCUGAUCAAUCUGUUCAAGGUCUUACCUUCAAAACAACAAAGCUCAGUCUCUUGAGUAGUUUUUUUGUGGUUUAUUGUAAAAAUAAAAAUGUAUUUGCUGUUAACUGUUUGAAACGUUUGAUGAAAAUAACCCAUGAAUUGGAAGGUUGGUGCCUGUUCUAUAAAAAGGAAAAACAAUCACUUGGUGGAAAAUGAGUUAUUGGUUUUGAAAAGGUUAUUUUUAUAAAUGAUGUUGGUGCAGGCAGUUGGGCAUCUGCUGUCUAUUGCACAGAGACUGGCCAGCUUUUCAGAAACAAAUGUGGUUUUCACUCCCUGUUUGUAAUGUUGGAAAACAUGCCAUAAAUAAAUGUCCAAGUGGUGAGUGUUGCUUAUUCAUGAGCUGGAGAGAUGAGUUCCAGGUACCUGAUAGAUCCAUGAUGGGGACACUUCACGUGCUCCCUGCAAAGCCUUUCUGUGGAGCACAGAAAGGAAGGUGUCCCUACAGUUUGCUGAAAAAUCAAAUUUCCAGUUUUUAAAACUAAUUGUUGUGAUAGAUACUGUUGAAAAUAGUAGGUUUGUGUAAGUUCCUAGUUUUUCAGGAUCUUAAAAAUAAACAUUUAAUAAGAGACUUGGAGACCAAGUUCAGUUUGUUUGGCUGCUUCUGCAGACCAAACUUUUUUACAUCCUGAUGGAACAUGUUCCUGGGAAGGAAGGUUAGUGAGGGAAUAAAGCCCUAAUUGCUGAAUUGGAUUAUAGCUCCACUCUUCUAGCUCUAUGCUUGGAUAUUCAGCUGCUUAAAGAGGACUAUUACAAUGGAAGAGAACUCCUGAAAAACAGUGCCAUUUUGAUCCAUGAGGGCUUCUCAGUUCUCUAAUUAACAGAUGGCUUGAAACAUCAGUGCAGACUCGGUGUGUUUAUUCUAAAAAGGAAAUAUUUUUCAAAGCAAGAUGGGGCAGGAGACUGCAAAAAGGUUCCUCCUGAAAAUCCCCAGCCAGUCUGGGUGUUACUAAUGUGUCCUUUGUGCUAAUACUGGUGCCAGAUCUUUGUAUUAUCUUGUAUUUGCUUGGGUUGUCUGCAGGGGUUCUGGGGUGUUGUGGCACUGUGACCCCAAUCCUUGUUAAUCUGGUUUCACCAGUGUUCCUGUGGUUACACCUGCCAAGUUUCUUAUCA